ACUAAUUUCUUCGAUUAUAAGAGUUCGCGAAUAUUUGCUAUUAAGACAGGGAAGAUAUUGAGCAACAAAGUUAGAAGAAAAAAACCAUUCUCCCACUUUUUGAAUUUGAAUUAUUUUUCUUAAUAUUUUGUUUAAGAGCACAUAUUCGUUAAUUACUUUAAAAAAUUUUUCUCGAUUAUGAUUGAAAUAAAUUGAAUCGAACACUAUUAAUGUACUGACCUCAUAGAUUUUUUUAAUAAAUAAUUUUUAGAAGGAAUGGAAGGGAAUGCAAAAGAAAUGAUAGAUUUAUAUUGUAAACAAUUUUUAAUUACUACUUAUUGUGUAUACAUUUGUAUACAUUGACUCCGAGUUUCGCCGAUUACACUCUAUUCACCGCAGUUUGUGAUAUGCAAAUUAAGUUGGUGGUCGAUAGCCAGGUCGAUUGUGCACUUAUUUACCCGCAUAGGAAAGCAAGUUGUUGAGAGCAUUUGAAAUUAAUUAUGCCUUCUCGAGGCGAAGAUAUAUUAAAAGGUUUUCAAGUUAAUUGGAUGAAUUUACGGGAUGCCGAUAGUGGUAAAAUAUUAUGGCAAGGUAACGAAGACCUAUCCGUACCUGAAGUAGAACACGAAGCAAGAGUGCCUAAAAAGAUUCUGAAAUGUCGAGCAGUUUCACGUGAAAUAAAUUUCAGUUCGGCUGAACCCAUGGAAAGAUUUAGGUUAGAACAAAAAGUGUUGUUCAAAGGACGCUGCCUGGAGGAAUGGUUCUUUGAAUUUGGUUUCGUUAUUCCAAACAGUACAAACACAUGGCAGAGUCUAAUUCAAGCAGCACCAGAAAGUCAAAUGAUGCCAGCUAACAUAUUAAAUGGCAAUGUAGUAAUAGAGACAAAAUUUUUUGAUGAUGAUCUACUGGUUUCUACAAGUAAAGUACGACUUUUUUACAUCUAACCGUCUCCAUUCGAUCCUGGUGACAAUGCUACAUGGGUCCAACUAAUGUGUUUCUAUGCACGCAAUCAAGAUGGAAUACAGAGACUACAAGAAUUCUAAACAAAGUUCAUAUUGAACAUUUUACUUUAUGCACCUACUGUGAUAUGCACGUGCUAGACAUAUUUUUUCAUAAGAUUCUCUUGAACAGAAGAAGUGGCACCAGUUUUAUUUUUUAAGUGAACCAACAAAGACUUACUACAAUGUAAUGCUUGAGCUAUUGAAUGUGCACUUUACAGCACAUUGUGUUUUUAUUUAUGAAGUAUGGAUGGAUGUAGUAAUUUUUGUACAUAUUGUAAUACACUACACUGCUGUAAUAAAGCAAUAUGUAUA